CUAAAUUGAAAGAUUGAAGGCGUAAAUGCUACAAUUAGGAGAUUGUGGCCCAAGUUAGAGAUCUCUGCUACCAUUUCCCUGAAAAGAUUUUUAUAAGCUACUUAUAAGCAUAGCCAAACACGUUCUUUGGCCUUUGCACCCCACUUACGAACAGACGACAACCUUAAACAUAGAAUUUACUCUGGUCUUCGGUAGUCCCUGCCCUUUAACAAUGGAUCCUCAACCUGAACCAGUAAGCUACAUCUGUGGAGAUUGCAGCCAAGAGAACACGCUGAAGCCAGGCGACGUUAUUCAAUGCCGCGAGUGCGGUUAUCGUAUCCUCUACAAGAAACGUACCCGAAGAAGUAAAUUUUCAAUACCCAUUUAUUUGGCCUCUUUGAAUAUAUACAGUAGUUUUAUGAUUUAUUAAUGCUGAAUUAGCUGG